AUGUCUCCCGCCUUAUUCAACAAAGCGUUUAUCCAGCUUAGUCAUUUUUUAGACUAUAUCUCUUAUAUUUACACCACCAUUUUUUGUUUUUUAUUUAGACAAAAACCUUUACAAGUUCAUAUUCCCACUGAAAAUUUUCAUCCAGCAGUUCUUAUAACUGGUACUUCUGCUGGAAUUGGUCGUGAAACCGCUUUUUCUCUUGCGAAACUUGGGUACACAGUGUUUGCUGGUGUCAGAAAAAAAGAUGAUGCUGAAGAUCUUCUUGCUUCUUUUCGUGAAUGCGAUAAUCCCAAAGAAGGUCGAAUUCUUCCCAUUAUUUUAGAUGUUACAAAUAAAGAUCAUAUUCAAAAUGCUUAUGAUCAUAUUCAAUCAAUCAUUGGUUAUGAAAUUCCUUUUGUUGCUUUAAUCAAUAACGCUGGCAUGGUUGUCUAUUUACCAAUGGAAAUUGCUUCGGAAGAUGCUUUUAUAAAUAGCUUUAAUACAAAUUAUUUUAGUAUUAUCAAUCUUACAAAAAAAUUCUUGCCCCUUUUAAGAAGAAGUGGUGGUCGUGUGAUUAACAUUGGGAGCGUUGCUGCUUGGGUAAAUGUAGCUUCCAUGGGUAUUUAUGCUGCAACUAAAGCUGCCGUUAGAAUUACCACUCGCAUUUGGAGAAUGGAAACUAAAGACAUGGGAAUUCAUUUUGCUUUAAUUGAACCUGGUAUUUAUUAUUCUACACCAAACGACACUAAUCCAAAAGUUUUAACGGAUUAUGAAAAAAUUUAUAAAGCUAUUGCAAAAAGUAGUGAAAAUUUUCAAGCUUCUCCUACUGAAAUUGUAACUGAUUCUAUAGUACAUGCUUUAACUGCUCCUUAUCCACAAAAUACUUAUUAUGUUGGUAUAGAUGCUAAAACUUUUGCUUUAGUUAAUUGGUUAGUAGGUGAUGGGAUUAUUGAAACUGUACAAUCCAAAGUUAUAUCUUUUUUAGCAAAUAGAUAUUAA